UUUACAACCACCUAGCACAUGGGUUUGCUUUCAUGCACCCCAGCAUUGUGGGAGCUCCAUGAAAUGGAUUGUCUGGCCGUGUGAAUAUAUAACCAAGUCACCUAUUUUCCCUUCUACCCAUCAAAAGUAGCAUUCAGUAUUUUAGAAUCUAAAGCUUUCUUACUUUAUUUCCCUCAUAAUCUUCCAUUCUUCUAGACUAACAAGAUGAUCAGUACCAAGAAACUCCUGAAAUUGGCCAAGAAAUGGCAGAAGAUGGCUGCUGUCAGGCGAAGAAGAAUCACAUCAUCACAAAACAUUGGAAGUAUAGAUACUUCAUCAAUAGCUGAGAAAGGCCAUUUUGUUGUGUACUCCACAGAUAAAAAACGUUUCCUUCUUCCCUUGGAAUAUCUUAACAAUGAAUUAAUCAGAGAGCUAUUCAGUAUAGCAGAAGAAGAGUUUGGAUUGCAAAGUGAGGGGCCACUCACACUACCUUGCGAUGCAGAUCUUAUGGAAUAUGCAAUUUCUCUGAUCAGACAGAACGCUACUAGAGAUGUAGAGAGAGCAUGGCUUGUGUCCAUAGCUAGCAGUGGCUGCGCAUCAUCUUUCCAUUUCCAGCAUCACGCAACAAGCCAUCAACAACCAAUUUGCAGCUUCUGAAGAGUCGUAGUUAGAUUUAUAAAGAUUCAUAUACAAUUGUACAUUUAUAAAUUUCAUAAAAAUGCAAAAUUUUUGCUCC